UAACAGCAUGGUGGUGGCCUCAACUCCCGGGGCGGCUCGGGCUUUCCUUAAAACGCUAGACAUUAAUUUCUCUAACCGCCCGCCUAAUGCCGGUGCCACACUCUUGGCCUAUCAUGCCCAAGACAUGGUUUUUGCGGAUUAUGGGGCAAGGUGGAAGCUACUGAGAAAGCUAAGCAACUUACACAUGCUUGGUGGGAAGGCUCUUGAGGACUGGUCUCAGGUCCGAGCUGUUGAGCUAGGCCACAUGCUUCGAGCCAUGCUUGAGUUGAGCCAGCGAGCGGAGCCGGUGGUGGUGCCGGAGAUGUUAACUUUUUCCAUGGCCAACAUGAUAGGUCAAGUGAUUCUAAGCCGCCGGGUGUUUGAAACAAAAGGGUCGGAGUCAAAUGAGUUCAAGGACAUGGUGGUGGAGCUCAUGACCACUGCUGGGUACUUCAAUAUUGGCGAUUUUAUUCCGUCCAUCGCAUGGCUGGACAUCCAAGGGAUCCAGCACGGGAUGAAGCAUUUACAUAGGAAGUUCGAUCGGUUAUUAACAAAGAUGAUGGAGGAGCACACGGCGUCAGCCCAUGAGCGGAAGGGAAACCCAGAUUUUCUGGACGUAAUCAUGGCAAACCAAGAAAAUUCUACAGGGGAGAAGCUCACUAUUACCAACAUUAAAGCACUCCUCCUGAAUUUAUUUACUGCAGGAACAGACACUUCAUCGAGCGUAAUCGAGUGGUCUCUGGCUGAGAUGUUGAAAAACCCGAGCAUCCUCAAGCGUGCUCACGAAGAAAUGGAUUUUUCUCUAAAAAAUUGAUUUUUCUCUUUAAAUAUUUUG